ACUUGAUGGUCUUUGGCCCUCUUCCUUUUCCCAACUCCCUUUUGGCUUUUAAUUACAUGGACUCCCAGUGUACAACUUGUCAUUCUUCAUGUAAACUCCAAUCCUUUCUCUCUCUUCACGCAAUCCAACAUCUUUCCUGCAUUUUUGUCCCCCUUUUCUUGAUUUAGCCUUGUUGUUAUGUUAAGUUAACAAGACGACAACCUUUUGCCGAUUUUGGACUCUUUUUCUUUUUCUGUAAACGGAAUAUUUGUCUCGGUGACACAACACGUGUGUCUCUCUCUAUAUAUAUAUAUGAGUAUUCUAUCUGCUUGAAUUCAUAAUUGUGUUUUAAGAUUGACCUGAAAGGGCUUAUCAAAGGAACCUAAAAUCUGCAAUUCUUGUUAUUAUUGUGAUUUUUGUGUAUCGAGAUUCAUGCUUGGAGUGCGACAAUGGAAAGGUUUAUGGCCUGCUUUCCAUUUCUUUAACACUUUGUUCCUUGGUUUAGUUAAUACAAGAUGAAAAAUCUUUUGAGAAAACUUAACAUCUCAAGUCAAUCAGAGGAAUCAGAAGGUUCAAAGUCUUCAACAAAGAGCAAAAGAUUAAGUGAUGUUUCGUCCACUGAUAAUAAUAAUAAUAAUAAGCCUUUCUCAGCAAUUUCAGGAUGGUUAAAUUCUGUUACCAAUAAGGAAAGUCCUACUAGAAUGGAACCUUGUGAUUCUGCUAGUAAUAGUGGUUUAGAGGCUGCUUUAGAUGCUAUAAGGUGCGAUUCGGAGUCUAGUAAUUCGAGGGAUCCUGAUAUAGAGGAAGAGUAUCAAAUACAAUUAGCUUUGGAGUUGAGUGCAAGGGAAGAUCCUGAGGCAGCGCAAAUUGAAGCUGUUAAGCAGAUAAGUUUAGGUUCUUGUGCCCCGGAAAACACUCCAGCUGAAAUUGUAGCUUAUAGAUAUUGGAAUUACAAUGCUCUUAGCUUUGAUGACAAGAUCCUGGAUGGUUUUUAUGAUCUGUAUGGAAUCCUGACAGAGUCCGAUUCAUCAAAAAUGCCCUCCCUUAUCGAUCUACAAAGAACACCGGUAGCAGAACAGAUCACUUGGGAAGCUAUCCUUGUUAAUAGAGCUGCGGACUCUAAGCUGUUGAAGCUAGAACAAAAAGCUCUAGAGAUAUCUGUCAAGGUCAGGUCAGAAUCCAUAGAUUUUGCAGGCGACAAUUUGGUUCAGAAGCUUGCCGCGCUAGUUUCUGAACACAUGGGUGGUCCAGUUGGUGAUCCUGACAGCAUGUUAAUAGCAUGGAGAAGCCUUAGUUAUAAUCUAAAGGCCACUUUUGGUAGCAUGGUUUUGCCUCUGGGUUCUUUGACCAUCGGACUGGCUCGUCAUCGUGCCUUGUUAUUCAAGGUUUUGGCUGAUAGUGUGGAGCUCCCGUGCCGAUUAGUAAAAGGGAAAGAAUACACAGGUUCAGAUGAAGUUGCAAUAAACUACGUAAAAUUUGAAGAUGGAAGGGAAAAUAUUGUUGAUUUGAUGGCAGCCCCUGGCACACUUAUUCCCUCUGAUACAUCUGGAACACAGGGAGACUAUGAGGAAUCUAUCCUCUCCAUCAGUCCGUCCUCCAAAGAUGUUGAUUCUCAUAUGGGUUCUUCUAGUAGUGGAGUUGCUUGUUUGUCAGAAGAUCAUUCCGAAUUUGGAGUGGAAGAGAGGAGAUCAAGGUUCGGUGAAAGCAGUGCAGGAAAUGAAUCUCCCGCUUCAGGUAAUGCAGAAAAGCAGAAAGGAUAUAGCAACUCUGAUGACUUAACAAAGCUUCGUACCAUGAAGAAGGAGCAGGGACAGGAAACUUCAUCCAGGACUGGCCAUGCAAGAUCUCCUUAUUCGCAUACAAGAUCUCCUUCCUGGACUGAAGGCGUUAGCUCCCCAGCCGUACGGCGAAUGAAGGCGAAGGAUGUUUCAAUGUACAUGAUUGAUGCUGCUAAAGAAAAUCCAAAGCUAGCUCAAAAACUUCAUGAUGUUUUACUUGAAAGUGGGGUUGUUGCACCACCAAAUUUGUUCACUGAAAUCUACUCAGAGCAACUAGAUGUUUCCCCUGUGGAGGGAAUGGAAAGUAAGGGGAGGGAUGAGGUUGAGAAAAUCAAGAGUCAAGCUGAUGUAGAUCAUAAUAGUUUCUUGGCUCCUUUGCCUUAUCAUGCUAUGUCCAAGGCUAAUCCCCCUUGGCCAUCUAAUCCUCAUCCGGAUGCCGGAGAAGUUAGUGGGCAGCAAGUUUCCUCACACUCUGAACUGGCUGCAGUAAAAUUCACGAAAAACAUGCCUGUUGCUGCAGCUGCAGCUGCAGCAGCAGCUGCGGUUGCCUCUUCAAUGGUAGUUGCUGCAGCAAAGACCACAUAUGGUUCGAAAGUUGAUCUCCCUGUUGCAGCUGCUGCGACAGCCACAGCUGCAGCAGUGGUAGCAGCAACUGCCGCUGUCACUAAGCAAUAUGAAAACUUGGAGACAUAUUCUCUUUCACCAAAUAAUCCUGCUUUAUGCCUUAAUUUAAUGGACUCUGGAAGAGUUGAUAGAGAUGCAGAUGGUGCUGUGUCUGAGCAACGGGGUAGUGGUGAUCAAGUGCAUGAGGCAUUAGGGGUGAAUUCUGGGGGUGAAAGAGUAUCAGAUAGGUCAGCUGGUAAUGAUAGUGUGAAAUCUGAUGUGACACUUGAUGAUGUCGCAGAUUGUGAGAUUCCGUGGGAGGAGAUCACCUUGGGUGAGCGUAUCGGACUUGGAUCUUAUGGAGAAGUCUAUCGUGGAGACUGGCAUGGAACUGAAGUCGCUGUGAAGAAAUUCCUAGACCAAGAUAUAACUGGUGAAUCCCUCGAAGAAUAUAAAAGUGAGGUUAUGAUCAUGAAAAGAGUCCGGCAUCCUAAUGUAGUCCUGUUCAUGGGAGCUGUUACACGUCCUCCAAACCUUUCAAUUAUUACCGAGUUUCUGCAUAGAGGUAGUUUGUACAGAUUAAUUCAUCGGUCCAACAAUCAAUUAGAUGAAAGGAGACGACUGAGGAUGGCUCUUGAUACUGCUCGAGGGAUGAACUAUCUACACAAUUGCACUCCUGUAAUAGUUCAUCGUGAUUUGAAGUCUCCAAAUCUCCUUGUGGAUAAGAACUGGGUUGUGAAGGUAUGUGAUUUUGGGUUAUCGAAAAUGAAGCACAACACCUUCCUUUCUUCAAGAUCAACUGCUGGGACGCCCUUUUGUAGAAGAUAGCUCCAUGCUGUUGGUCUUAAAACACUUCAGGCUUUUGGAGAUGUUUUCGUUGCCAAGUUUCUCCUUCAAAAAGGUGGUCGCUGUGAUCCAUGGUUCAAAAAUAAAUUAAAUUUAUGACAUGUUUAUCUCAUCUGAAAAGAGUAUCUGGGCUUUCAAUUACAUAUUUUAGUCCUUCCCAAUAUCAUCAAGACUUAGUUUUGAAGUUGUGAAAAGGUUUUACCUUGUUAUCUGCGCACAUGAUGAACUGUUGUAAAAGUUGGACUGAUGCUCUUUGAUAUUAGUUUUGAAGGAAGUGAUUAAACAUAUAUGGUGGAGAUAGUUUUAAAAUGACAAUAAUUUGCGUAUUUCCACUAUCAUUCAUAUGUUCUUAUAAACCUAGAUGUAUAAAUAUAGUUCUGUUCUUUUCGUUGUUUGCUGAUCUUCGCAUCUCAUAUAGUGGUUGUAGUAUUCAUUAAGGUAGAAAAAUUUGUUAUGUUGUAUUUCAUCAAAAAUACCAUGUGUGAAGUUCCUCUUCUGCUGAUAUUUUGAGGAAGUUAGCAGUUAGAAUGGAAUAUGCUUGGUUGACUCUGAUGCUUGGUGAAUCUGUCCAUUUUUUGAACACUAAUUCUGCUAUAUCAGAAUCAAUCAACUUGGAUGACUCUUGUAGUUAAGCCUGUGCUGCACAAAAUGCUUGCAGUCUCAAGGGUAGAAAAUUAGCAGUUGCAGAAACAUAUACUUUAUGUUAGUAAUACUAGGUAAUGAACUGUUGUAUGCUACAUGUAUACGGGAAGUUCUCCCACAUUAGAGAAAUACUAGGUAAUGGAACUGCUGCUUUUUGUGAAGUUUCUCUGAAUUUCCAUUAUUCAUAUAUUACAUAUAAAUUUUAGUUUAACUAAAUACUGCAGACAAUUCAGUAUUAUCUUCAUCAUGGUUCUUUAUGUAUCCCUACAAGAAUUUCAUGUGCUAUACAUGCGGCUCUUGUUGUUGCUGGCUUAAUAAUCUGCUGCUACUACCAAUCUGCUGCUACU